AUGGGCUUGGUGUGGAGCGCCCUGUUCAGCAUCGUGUGGGACUGGAUCAUCUUCCCGGUGGCCAACUUCCUUACGCUCUACCAGUACGAUCAGUUCUUCAUGGGCGCCUUCGGCAUGAACACCUCCAACUACCAGGGAGCGUUCACGGGCUCGAGGAUGAGGAGGAAGAUGUGGCAGGCCAACGCCGUCGAUAACCGGAUGUUCAUGGUGGGCGUCCUCCUCGCCAACGUCUUCUACCGCGACGGCAAGAAGUACCAGGGCGUCCUCGGCUGGAUCAACUCCUGGUAUGUGGGUCUCGCGCUGGCCAACGUGAUGAUCAACCACGGCCUGUUCACGGCGCUGGCGGUGCACCUGCUCUACGACGCCCAGUUCUUCGUGGCGGGCUACCUCAUCAACAAGUACUUUGCCAAGAGGCGAGCCAGCCUCGACGACCUCUGA